UCGCUUCCCGGCCACUCAUAGCCUCUUGGAUCCCCACGGGGUAAUGGGUGUCCUGCUCCCUCGGCCGGCACCGUGAGCCCUGGUUCUGCUAGUGCCUGACGAGGCCAGGCUCACGAGUGUCCUCGACCCCUGCCCGUCAGGUUGCUGCCAGCCCCAAGCCCCCCCCGAGAGCCCAGCCAUGAGCAACGGAUGGAAGGACCACCUUGGUGCCCGCAGCUCAGAGCCCCUCCCGGUCGUCAUCAUCGGCAAUGGUCCCUCGGGCAUCUGCCUGUCCUACCUGCUCUCGGGUUACAACCCCUAUGUGAAGCCAGAUGCCAUCCACCCACACCCCUUGCUGCAGAGGAAGCUCACCGAGGCGCCGGGGGUCUCCAUCGUGGACCAGGACCUGGAUUACCUGUCCGAAGGCCUUGAAGGCCGGUGCCAAAGCCCUGUGGCCCUGCUGUUUGAUGCCCUCCUGCGCCCAGACACAGACUUUGGGGGCAACGUGGAGUCUGUCCUCACCUGGAAGCACCAGAAGGAGCGAGCCAUCCCCCACCUGGUCCUGGGCCGGAACCUGCCAGGGGGCGCCUGGCAUUCCAUUGAAGGCUCCAUGGUGACCCUGAGCCAAGGCGAUUGGAUGGGGCUCCCGGACCUGCAGGUCAAGGACUGGAUGUGCAGGAAGCGAAGAGGUCUUCGCAACAGCCGGGCCACGGCCGGGGACAUCGCGCACUACUAUAGGGACUACGUGAUCAAGAAGGGCCUGAGCCAUAAUUUUGUGUCUGGCGCCGUGGUCACGGCCGUGGAGUGGGGGACGCCCGAGCCCAGCAGCCCCGGCGCCUGGGACCCCAGCCCCCUCUUCCAGGUGAACGGCUUCGUGACCACCGCGGACCAGAGCCAGCAGCCCUUCUCCCUAUGCGCCCGCAACGUGGUCUUGGCCACUGGCACGUCUGACAGCCCAGCCCGGCUGGGCAUCCCCGGGGAGGCCCUGCCCUUCGUGCAUCGUGAUCUGUCGGCCCUGGAGGCAGCCACGCGGGCAGGCACCGUGUCCCCGUCCUCGGACCCCGUCCUCAUCAUCGGGGCGGGACUGUCGGCGGCCGACGCGGUCCUCUACGCCCGCCACUACAACAUCCCUGUGAUCCACGCCUUCCGCCGGUCCGUGGACGACCCCGGCCUGGUGUUCAACCAGCUGCCCAAGAUGCUGUACCCGGAGUACCACAAGGUGCACCAGAUGAUGCGGGAGCAGUCCAUCCUGUCGCCCAGCCCCUACGAGGGCUACCGAAGCCUCCCCGAGCACCAGCUGCUGCUCCUCAGGGAGGACCGCCAGGCCGUGUUCCGGGACCCCCGGGGCCUCCAGAAGGUCUUCGGCAUCGCCCUGGUGCUGGCCCUCAUUGGCUCCCACCCUGAUCUGUCCUUCCUCCCGGGCGCAGGCGCUGACCUCGCCACGGACCCCAACCAGCCACUGAGCGCCAAGAGGAACCCCAUUGACGUGGACCCCUUCACUUACCAGAGCGUCCACCGGGAGGGCCUGUACGCCGUGGGGCCACUGGCCGGGGACAACUUCGUGAGGUUUGUGCAGGGCGGGGCCCUGGCUGUGGCCAGCUCCCUGCUGAGGAAGGAGGCCAGGAAGCCGCCCUAGCACCUGGCCUGGCAUCCUUGCACCCAGGCCCUAAAGAGGAGGGGAGAGCACCACGGCCCUGCUGGACGCAGAGCCCAUCCCAAGAUGCCCCAGUGAUGGAAGGGGGCCUCUCCUGGCAGGAGACAGGAGCGGCCACGAGCCCAUGCAACGGCCCUCUCAGAUGAAGAGUGAGAAACCCAGGCUGCCAGGACUCAGACCAGGGUGGAAAGAGUGACCACAGGACAGGGGAGGCCCAGAGCUGUAACUGGGGGUGAGAGCUGCCGGUGUGAGCUGGGGUCACCGGGGCCAGCUGAGCACCGAGCCAGGAGGACCCCAGGCCCUGCUCUUCCCAGAACCGGGUCCCAAAUAAAACCAGCGCCUGCCUGCA